GAAAGUGGCGCGAGCUGAAAACCCGCUACAAUGUGGCCGAGAUCGAGGUUCCCAAGCUCAGCGAAGAGGAGGUUGCUCCCCUUGAUACUCGCAGAAAAAGAAAGAGGGGAGAGAAGAAGGUCGGGGAGACCUCAGCCCCUCAUGAUUCUGAAGAGCUGACCUCGAAGGCCGCCGAUGCCGUCCCGGUCGGCCUGACAGGGAGUCCUCCGUGUGAAGGGUCGUCUAGAGUGGCCGUGGAGGAGGUCGCUCGUGAGACACAGGCGGGGCAUGUGCCGACUUCCACCGUGGCGCGGGUGGAGCCGAGCUUAGAGGCACCAGGGCCAAAUGCCUCAGCUGCUGCACAAGUGGCGCCCACUUCAACUCCCGCCGAGGCCCGCAGAGAGGGGCUGAGCUCUGGGGCACCGACGUCAACCCCUGCAACUGCUGUACUGCCUCCACCUCCGCCAGGGGCUCCAAAGGGGAAUUGCAUCAUACAGCGCUUCGAUGUUACUCGCCCCUUGGCGAGGCUAGACCAUCUGAGCAUGUCAUCAAACAUGGACUCGAUGUGGAGUUUGGGGAUGACUGUCGAGGCCUUCUACCCGUGAGGCUCACUCCGUCGGCUGACAAGGCGAUUAUCGAGAAGGUCGGGCUAGUGGAAGGCCUAGACUCUGCGGAGGUCUUCAUGCAGAGAUCGAUCACCAUCGUGGACCAUUGGAAGCGCAAGUGGUCGAAGCUGCAAGGGGAGCUCGAGAGUGCUAGAAGCCGAGUUCAGCCCCUAGAAGAGGAGAACCAGGCUUUGGGGGCUGCUCUAGGCGAGGCCGUGAAGAAGAACGAGGCUGAGCUUCAAGCUGCAAAGAGGGAUCUCGCAAGGACUCAGAAGUCUUUGGAGAUUGCUUUGAGGGCUAACGAGGUCUACGCUGCCCAAGUCGGCGAGCUUCAGGAGGUCGCCAAUUCUUCUCGGGGUCGAGUGCGCUCUCUUGAAGACAAGGUCUCGGCGUUGAAGGUUGAAUUGGCGGAAGCAGUCGAGAGGCGUCUCUGUGACGAGGUGCUUCUUGGUGGUAAGGAAGAGGAGGUCGUAGCUCUGAGGGUAGACCUUGAUAAGAUGACCGCGGCUAAGGCAGGGCUAGAGAGGAAGCUCGUCGAGACUAAGCGAGCUGUCUUAGUGGAUCACAAGAGGGGCUUUGUCAAGGAAGCUCGUCAGGCGAGGUUGCUUGCACCUGGGGUCGACCUUUCUACUAUGCAUGUAGAGAAAGAGGUGCAAGCUGGGUGGCUGGUGAAGGAAGACGACCUCCCUGAUAGCUCGAGCGAGAAUACCACUGCCUAGGCCACUAUUUUGUAAUAACUUAGUUUAUUUAGUUCUUUUUUCUUGCUUUCUGAACUCAUGCUUUGUAUUGAUGAACUUGUUGUGUAUAUAAUUUACUUUUCUUAUUUGUGGUUUUUGUCUCUCUCUUUUGAUGAUUCUCGUUUUGACAAGGUUUAAAUUUGACCUUCGACUUUAGUCUAGGAAUUGAUUCUGGGAUUUUGGGCUUAGUCAUGACCUGCUUUUGAGUUUAGAAACAUGUCCAGUAUUUUGCGCUUUGAGGCUCAAACUUGGCUUGUGAAGGUUCAAUCUUGACCUUUGUUUUUUAUUUUGGGUCGCGUCAAGUUUCGAACUCGACCUUGGCUUAGAAUGACAUGA